UCUUUCGCUACCGUGGGGACAGUUGGAGGCUCCUUUUUGCUCAUUAAUACAAAUCUUUGAAAACAGGUCUUGCCCACUUCUUCUCCCUCUCCUCCGCCGGGAGAGGGCUGAAGCCAAACUCAGUUGAUGAAUUUUCCCAAUCCCUCCCUCCAAAUUCAUCCAAUCACUCCCAAUCCAUAAUUCACCAGAAAUCCGGUCAACGGCAAUGGCGGAAGUCCGGCGAUACCGGCGGCGCUGAGUCCGAUCGCCAUUUUUAUCACGCCAUGCCAACCCGCAUACUCCCCCGGCUUCUCAUCCUCGCACUCACUUCCCUCUUAAUCACUGUUUCCGCCGGGCAGAACCUCAGCUCUGCUGUGGAUCUUGCGGCCCUCUUCCGUCUCAGAGCUUCGCUGGGCCUCCGUGCGCGCGACUGGCCGCGCCGGGCUGACCCGUGCUCCUCUUGGGCUGGAGUCGCUUGCGGCGGCGGCGGGCGGGUGGUUUCGGUUAACCUCUACGGGCUCCGGCGGACGCGGCUCGCUCGCCGGAACCCUCGAUUCGCGGUCGAAGGGAUUCAGAAUCUGACACGGCUGGUUUCGUUCAACGCUACUGGGUUUGCUCUUCCGGGCCCCAUUCCGAAAUGGUUCGGCAGCCUGCUUCCCACAUCGAUUGCUGUUAUUGAUCUUCGGCGCGCGUCCGUAACUGGGGACAUACCUUAUAUCCUCGCGGGCAAUCUAACCGUGCUUUCUCUCGCGGAGAAUUCCAUCACCGGUAGCAUCCCCCAAACCAUUAGUCAAUUGAGGAAUCUCUCCGUCCUCGACCUCUCUCAAAACGCGCUUACCGGCGGUAUACCAUCGGAGAUGGGGUCUUUGCGUCAGUUGAAAACCCUGAUGCUCGCCGAAAACAAUCUAACCGGCUUCCUUCCCCAGCAGCUAGGCAAUCUCUCUUCCCUCGUCAUCCUCGAUCUCGGCUUCAAUUCGUUGUUCGGGACAUUACCUGAUGGAUUGAACAAGCUUGGGAGCUUGCGGAAUUUAAACUUGGGUAGCAACUUGUUCCGUGGCUCUAUAGGGGUAAGCCUCUUCACCAGUAUGACACGGCUCGAGUCAAUUACGUUGAGCCGGAACAACUUCUCUGGCGAGCUCCCGGAUUCAUUGUGGUCUUUAUCGAAGUUGAGGUAUCUUGAUGUCUCCUACAACAACUUUACGGGCAGUCUGCCAGCGCUGCCUGCGACCAAUUCCAGUGCCUCCAACAGCCGUGGCUCAUUUAAUCUAUCGCAUAAUCUUUUGUAUGGUUCUAUCUCUUCUGGUUUUGCAGUAUUGCUUUCUACAUUUAAUUAUGUGGAUCUAUCAGAUAAUUAUUUGCAAGGUUCUGUGCCCCCCAGUAGUACUGGAAGUAAUUUAUCUGUUAAAUCAAAUUGCUUUCAGAAUACUUCGAGCCAAAGAAGCCGGGUUGACUGUCAGGAAUUCUAUAAGGAGAGAGGGCUGACUUAUGAUGUUCCUGGGAAUCCAGUUUCACCUCCUAGCUCAUCCAAAAGCAAGAACACUUGGAAGUAUAUUGUGGCAGCAGUUGUUGGAGGAACGGCCCUUCUAGUGUUUGCAGUAAUUUGUCUGUUGCUGUGUUUUUGGUGGUGCAGAAGCCAUUCAUCCGAUCAGAGGGAGGUGAGUCCGAAUGCUGCUCCAGCUGCUCCUGAAGGAGGCAAGGAACCACUUCCUGCAGUUGCUAUCAACUUACCAGCUGUGGGAGAGGUCUUCACAUUUGUGCAAUUGGCGCAUGCAACCUCGGAUUUUGGUGAGGGGAACCUAAUCAAACAUGGAAAGUCGGGAGAUAUCUACCAGGGAAUUUUGGAAAAUGGGAGGCGUGUGGUCGUGAAGAGGAUAAACAUGAACAGUGUCAAGAGGGAAGCUUGUCAGGUGGAAUUGGAUUUGUUUGCCAGAUUAUCGCAUGAGAGAUUGGUUCCUUUUGUGGGGCAUUGUUUGGAGAACGAGAAUGAGAUAUUCCUUGUUUAUAGACUAAUGCCUCAUCGUGACUUAGCUACUGCGUUUUAUAGAAAGGCCGCACAGGAAGAUGAGGGUUUACAAUCACUGGAUUGGAUAACCAGGUUGAAGAUCGCAACAGGUGCGGCAGAGGGUCUUUGCUAUCUGCAUCAUGAUUGUGUGCCACCGUUGGUUCAUAGAGAUAUUCAAGCAAGAAGUAUCCUUCUCGAUGAUAAAUUUGAAGUACGUCUUGGGAGCUUAAGCAAUGCAUGUGCUCAGGAAGUGGAUGGCCACCAGAAUGUCAUUUCCAGGCUUUUGCGAAAGUCACAGACACCUGAGGAAAGCUCUUCUGGGCCUCCACCUGCAUCUUGGUCCUAUGACGUAUAUUGCUUUGGCAAGGUUCUGCUAGAGCUGGUCACAGGCAGACUAGGCAUCAGCGGCUCAAAUGAUCCCGCAACUAAGGAAUGGCUAGAGCAAACAUUACGCUUCGUCAACAUCGGCGAGAAAGAACUGGUGGCCAAAAUAGUCGACCCCUCGCUCAUCGUCGACGAGGACCUCAUUGAGGAGGUAUGGGCGAUGGCCAUUGUAGCCAAGUCUUGUUUGAAUCCCAAGCCGUCGAAACGGCCCCUAAUGAGAUACAUUUUGAAAGCUCUGGAGAAUCCAUUGAAGGUGGUUAGAGAGGACAGCAAUUCAGAGUCAGCUAGAUUAAAAGCUGCCUCAUCAAGAAGCUUGUGGAAUGCUGCCUUUUUUGGAAGCUGGAGGGAGAGUUCGUCGGAUAUGCCUUCGGUUUCGGCGGUGGGGCCGCCGGCGAGGGAAGACAGGUCUUUCAGGCGGUCGGGCACGAUGAGAUCGCAGGGGAGCGGCGGGGAGCAUUCUUUCUCUGGCAGGAGGUGUUCCAAGGAGAUAUGCCCGGAGCCGCCUGAUGUUGAGGAUUGAGGCAAAGUUCUUCUUCUUUAAGAUAUUUAUUUAUAUUUUUUGAGUUGUGAUUCAUUUGCGGGCUCCCUAUUCGUGUGCCUGCCACUCUUCGUAUCCCAGAGGAUGUGGCAAAUGUUUUGGUUGAGAUUUGUUCUUUCUCUCAUUAUGGCUUAGAAAAGCCUCAUUCAUCUCUAAAACGAUGAAAAUUUAUCAUUUUUGUGAAAGAACUAGGUUCAUCUCCCCCCUUGUUUCACCAAAUAAAAAUUUUUACAGAGAGUGUUCGCUCCAGCCCAACGAAACUUCACCGCCUCGUCAAAUGAAACGAAGGCUACAUCCUAUGUGGAUGGGGUUGGAGAAGUAUCAGCAGGUCUGAUGUCAAUUUUCCCAGUGAGGUAAUGGUGGUUGAUUUUUUAGAACUGUUUAUUGUUCUCACUUUUUGCCCUGCUAGGAUUUUUAUUUUUAUUUUCCUGUAAGUUAUGGAAAGUAGGGUGAUAUAGAUUGAUUGCCCAGUUUUCAAAUUAGGUUAGAAGGCAAUGUCUAUGUUACUGGA